AUGAAGCACAACGGCGGCGGUCCAGGCGGCAGCCGCAAUGCAAAACGCCCAAGAACAGACGGCUCCUCCCACUCGCACUUCGAUAAAGGCAACCCGCACAAGCGCUCUCGCAACAACAACAAUAACAGCAACAACACUGGGUCCAACCGCCAAAACACCUCUGCGCCCAACCUCGCCGCGACAACCGACCUACCCAUGCCGCUCCCUCCCCUUCCCACCAUCCACGACCCCACCAAUGCCAAGCUUGUCUUCACGCACACAUCCGUCACCAACUACGCGACCGAGACGUACGACCGGCUGGAGUGGUACGGCGACUCGGUCAUCGAGAUGGUAGCCACGGACCUGCUCUGGGACAUGUACCCGUCGCUGCCGGGCGGGCGGCUGUCGCAGAUGCGCGAGGCGCUGGUCAACAACGCGCGGCUGGCGAGCUUCGCGCGCGGCUACGGCUUCGACCAGAUCGAGGCCGACGGCAACGGCGGGCGGCUGCGCAUCUCCCCGCGGACCUGGCACGGCGCGCACGCGACGAACCAGACCAAGAUCCUCGGCGACGUCUUCGAGGCGUACGUGGGCGCCGUGGCGCUUGAGGACCGCGAGAGGAACAAGAAGAAGAAGACGAAGGACAACGAUGAUGCGAGCAACAUCGACACCGACACCACCGACCGCGCCGACCGCUGGCUCCGCCAACUCUGGACGCCCCUCCUCCUCUCCUCCGCCAUCUUUGCCGACGAAAGCGACAAGGCCGGCGAGCAGGUCAAGAUGCGUGCCUCGCGCGCCUUCGCACCCUCCGGCUCUGGCCUCAAGGCCUGGUACGAGGACGUCGGCGAGAUGACGUACGAGAACAAGGCCCAGCAGCGUUUCAGCGUCGCCUUCUACCUGUCGGGCUGGGGACACGACCGGUUGCGCUUAGGCGAGGGCGUUGGUCAGAACAAGAAGAUCGCGCGGGCGCGUGCGGCCCAAGACGCGCUGGACAGGAUCUCGGCGGUGCCUGAGCUCAGGGAACAUACUGAGAAGGUGGAGGCGUAUCUGGCAGAGAGGAAGGCGAAGAAGGAAGCGGAGGAGGCGGAGAGGCAGACGAAGAGGGAGGCGGAGGAGACAGAGAAGAACAAGGAGGCUCAAAGCAGCCAGUGA